AUGAAGGCCCUUCCUGCCAGUUUAGUCGUGGCUGGUGUGUACUGCGCUGUGAUAGCGGCCUUCUUUACGGCCAUAAAAGCAGUGAACUUCCGACUACAUGCCAUGUUUGACCUGGGCGAGAUUGUGGAGAAGAGGCGGGCCUCGUUCACCACAGACCCCAAUAGAGUGGAAGAAGGAGAGGAAGGCUCUGGUGCUCGUGACGGAAGCCAACGCAGGGACAGUAGUGUCGGCGUGGAAAUGACAGUAUUCCGAAAGGUGAACUCCACCCCUCCUGUACGCUGCAGUUCCCAGCACUCGCUGUUUGGAUUGAACCAGGUGUCGGAAUUUUUACCACAGCUUGAAGACCCUGGAGGCUCAAAGGAUAUUAAAGAGCUCAUGCAGGGCAGUAGUAAUGUGAUCGUGACCUCUGCAUAUAGAGACGUCCUUCGACACAACUCUCAGGACAACACUAGUGUGGCGCCAUCCUGCUUGGCUGGGGAUUACAGAGAGCUAAUUGGUGUGGGCAAUGUAUUGUCGGGAGGAUUUAGUAACCUGCACCCAACAAAUUGUCCUUCCACCCCGCCGUCCCCAUCCAGCCAAGAAGAUGGAGAUGAGAAGGACCAGGUGGAUAAUGGGGGUGUGGAGCAACUAUCUCAGCAGAGCCCCGAUGGGGAGGGUCUAGGAGGCUACUCCCCCCUCGGACCUUCAGCUGAGUCUGAGAGUCUGGGAGAUGCUCCUCGCAGCCCUCUCAUCAAGAGUAGCUUGAGCGAAGAGCUAAGUGAGAACUUGUUGGGCUUGGGCCUUGACCCCGUCACUUUUGCCCCCGGUGCUGAGCACCCAGGCAGCCGCACCGGGGUGGCCCUGGCUGCAGGCUCCACUGACAGCUGCUUCAGUGGAGGUGGAGCAGCCACAGACAGAGAGACUCUUAGUACAGUCAGUAGCUACCGCAGUGAGAAAACGGACUCAACCCAGCUUGAGAGCCCUUCACUGGGCCAGACGCAUAAACCCGUGUCUAAUGCUCCUUCCACAGCUUUGCCUCAGGGUAAAGGCCCCUAUCAGCAGCCUGGAGAUGUGCUCCAGGGUGGUAGUGACACAGAUGACCUGUCAGACAGCGUGCUGCUACGCUCACCCUCCAAAGAGCUCUCCUCUGGGCAGGGCCUGGACAGAACUCUGGUGGAGGGGGAGGACCUUCCCCCUUUGCUUAUGAACAUUGCACAGCCCUCCUUGCAGGACUCCUCGCCAUCUAGCAGUGGGCCUUCUGAGACCUGUGAUCUUGAUUGUGGCAUCACCAUACCCCCUCUUCCUCCUCCGCGCCAGGCCUGCUCUGUACCAUCAGGGUUGACACUGGGCUUGGUCUGCUCCGAGCCUGCUCUGCCAGUCUCUGCCCCUUCCUACCUCCUAGCAGAGCCACCGUCUCUGCAAGCGCAGCAGCAGGUGGUGCGACCUAAAGAUCUGAAAGUGCUGCGUGCCGGCGGCAGUGUGGGUCACCGACCCGGUCGCAGGAAAACUCCCCGCAAACGAGGCACUGCUGGCAGUAGCAGUUUCGACUGUGGCUCCUACCGCCGGCACCACAACCGUGGCCAACACCGAGACUACAUCCCUGUACGCAGUCGGCUAGGUGCCAAAGCCUACAGUGAGAGCUUGUUCGAGGACUCCAGCGAUGAAGAUGAUGGCAGUGACAUGAGUGCAGGUUCUAGUCUAGGAUCCCAACGUCGCUUCAGCUCUGACGACGAAGAUGAAGAUGAUGAUUCUAGCUCCUCUACCUCCUGCUACUCCCCUGAUCUGACAAAUAUCGGCAUCACUUCCCAACCUGUCCCCCCUCAUCUACCUAGCCCUGGAGAGGGGGAGGAGCCUGACACAGUAGGACCCUCCCAUUCUCGCAGUGCUCAGCGCUCAGCCAGCACAGCUAGUGCCAAGACUCAUGCCAGAGUCCUUAGCAUGGAUGGGGCCGGUGGAGGCUCCAACAACACAGGGACCCUUGCGUCUACUAUGCUUCCUUUACCUCUUUCUUCUGCUCCUGCCCCACGUCCACUCACCAUCUCUAAAUCAGAUCUGGAGGCUCGGACAGUGCACUCAGAGGGCUUCUCCAGGGCCCACCAUAGGCUAGACUCUCUUGGAGGCUCCUGGGCUGGGAACCAGACAGGCUGGAGGGCAGGAGAGCUGCUAGAAGAGGGGGCAGUAGGAGGAGCCCCAGAGGAGGGUAGUAAACGUGACUCUGUGAGCAGUGUAAAAAGGACGCAGGCCAUUCGCAGGCGUCAUAAUGCUGGUAGUAACCCCACCCCGCCCCCUUCUGCCAUGGGCUCUCCUCCGAGUCUUCAAGACCUUCAGAGAGUCCGGACUUCCUCUCACUCCCGCACACGAACACUCCCCUCUGCUUUGCACUUCGCUGCCUCAUCCUUGCUGCUACUGCCCCGAAGCGGCGUUCACGAGGCAUCCACUUUUGAUGACACCUCAGAGGGAGCUGUGCACUACUUUUAUGAUGAGAGUGGAGUAAAGAGGUCUUAUACUUUUGGACCUGCUGGUGGAGGAUAUGAGGACCCAGUCCAGGAGCGAGAGCGACAGUCACAGUCCUCUAGCUUUACCUCCACUGAUGUACAGGAGGUGGCGCCAGUGCUGUCUAUGCUGCAGCCCAGGCCGGUGGUCCUCCAGGGCAUGCAGGUCCGCAGGGUGCCUCUGGAUAUGCCAGAGUUUGACCUAGAUCAUGAGUCCCCUCACGAAUCCCAGGAGAACACGCUGAUGAUUGAGGAAAAGGCCAAGCCUAAACAGUAUUACCGUUUCUGGGUGCUGCCGGGGAAAUGGCUAAGAGUUUGUUAUGACAGACUUGCUUUGCUAGCCUUACUGGACAGGAACCGACGCGUAGGGGAGAAUGUGUUUUCGGUGGUGUUGGCCAGCUUAGUGGCGUUUCUUGGCUUCUUGUUGCUAUUCCAGGGCUUCUUUAGGGACAUCUGGGUCUUCCAGUUCUGCCUAGUCAUUGCCAGCUGUCAGUACUCCUUGCUAAAGAGUGUGCAGCCUGAUGCGGCAUCUCCGAUGCAUGGCCAUAACUGGAUCAUCGUGUACAGCCGACCAGUGUAUUUCUGCUUGUGUUGUGUGCUGAUCUCGGUAUUUGACCUGGUUGGCCACUCAGACAGUAUGCGGCCUUUCAUCCUCUAUGGGGUCACCUUCUUCUCCACCCACUUUCUGCUCUGUGCUAGAGACAUGCUCAUAGGUCUGACAAAUAUCGGCAUCACUUCCCAACCUGUCCCCCCUCAUCUACCUAGCCCUGGAGAGGGGGAGGAGCCUGACACAGUAGGACCCUCCCAUUCUCGCAGUGCUCAGCGCUCAGCCAGCACAGCUAGUGCCAAGACUCAUGCCAGAGUGCUUAGCAUGGAUGGGGCCGGUGGAGGCUCCAACAACACAGGGACCCUUGCGUCUACUAUGCUUCCUUUACCUCUUUCUUCUGCUCCUGCCCCACGUCCACUCACCAUCUCUAAAUCAGAUCUGGAGGCUCGGACAGUGCACUCAGAGGGCUUCUCCAGGGCCCACCAUAGGCUAGACUCUCUUGGAGGCUCCUGGGCUGGGAACCAGACAGGCUGGAGGGCAGGAGAGCUGCUAGAAGAGGGGGCAGUAGGAGGAGCCCCAGAGGAGGGUAGUAAACGUGACUCUGUGAGCAGUGUAAAAAGGACGCAGGCCAUUCGCAGGCGUCAUAAUGCUGGUAGUAACCCCACCCCGCCCCCUUCUGCCAUGGGCUCUCCUCCGAGUCUUCAAGACCUUCAGAGAGUCCGGACUUCCUCUCACUCCCGCACACGAACACUCCCCUCUGCUUUGCACUUCGCUGCCUCAUCCUUGCUGCUACUGCCCCGAAGCGGCGUUCACGAGGCAUCCACUUUUGAUGACACCUCAGAGGGAGCUGUGCACUACUUUUAUGAUGAGAGUGGAGUAAAGAGGUCUUAUACUUUUGGACCUGCUGGUGGAGGAUAUGAGGACCCAGUCCAGGAGCGAGAGCGACAGUCACAGUCCUCUAGCUUUACCUCCACUGAUGUACAGGAGGUGGCGCCAGUGCUGUCUAUGCUGCAGCCCAGGCCGGUGGUCCUCCAGGGCAUGCAGGUCCGCAGGGUGCCUCUGGAUAUGCCAGAGUUUGACCUAGAUCAUGAGUCCCCUCACGAAUCCCAGGAGAACACGCUGAUGAUUGAGGAAAAGGCCAAGCCUAAACAGUAUUACCGUUUCUGGGUGCUGCCGGGGAAAUGGCUAAGAGUUUGUUAUGACAGACUUGCUUUGCUAGCCUUACUGGACAGGAACCGACGCGUAGGGGAGAAUGUGUUUUCGGUGGUGUUGGCCAGCUUAGUGGCGUUUCUUGGCUUCUUGUUGCUAUUCCAGGGCUUCUUUAGGGACAUCUGGGUCUUCCAGUUCUGCCUAGUCAUUGCCAGCUGUCAGUACUCCUUGCUAAAGAGUGUGCAGCCUGAUGCGGCAUCUCCGAUGCAUGGCCAUAACUGGAUCAUCGUGUACAGCCGACCAGUGUAUUUCUGCUUGUGUUGUGUGCUGAUCUCGGUAUUUGACCUGGUUGGCCACUCAGACAGUAUGCGGCCUUUCAUCCUCUAUGGGGUCACCUUCUUCUCCACCCACUUUCUGCUCUGUGCUAGAGACAUGCUCAUAGUGUUCACCCUCUGUUUCCCCAUCAUCUUCCUGUUUGGGCUUCUGCCUCAGGUCAACACGUUUCUUAUGUGUUUGUUGGAACAGGUGGACAUGCACAUUUUCGGUGGAACUGCAACCACAAGUCCCCUGUCUUCAGUCUAUAGUCUGUUGCGCAGUAUAUUGGUGGCGGCUCUGGUUUAUGGAUUUUGCCUUGGUGCCAUCAAUGCUCCGUGGGGAGAGGCACAUGUCCCAGUUCUCUUCUCUGUGUUCUGUGGCCUCCUCCUGGCCUUGUCCUAUCAUCUGAGCAGGCAGAGCAGUGACCUGACCAUCCUCUGGUCUCUGGUCCGCUCCAAGUUCUUCCCAGAGCUAGAGAGCCGAACACCAGAAGAGCCCCCAUUAGAGAUUAAAGACCCUCUUCCAGAGAAAUUGCGCAACUCUGUGAAAGAGACUCUUCACUCAGAUCUGGUCAUGUGCCCUCUUAUGGCCAUUAUCACCUUCGCCAUUAGUGCCAGCACCGUCUUUAUUGCUCUGCAGCCUGCUCUCAGUUUCGUCCUGUACAUCUUGGCUGGGGUGGUGGGGUUCACCACACACUACCUCCUGCCUCAGCUCCGCAAACAGCUGCCCUGGUUCUGCUUGGCCCACCCUGUGCUGCGCUCCAGAGAAUACAGCCAGUUUGAGGUCCGAGAUGCUGCUCAGCUCAUGUGGUUUGAGAAGCUGUAUGCUUGGCUGCAGUGUGUGGAGAAGUAUUUCAUCUACCCAGCUGUAGUGCUCAACUCCCUCACCACUGAAGCUCACACUGUCAGCCAAAACCCUGACAAACCUGGAGCCUAUGGCCGUGCUCUAUUCAUCUCAGUGGCUGGAAUGAAGCUGCUUCGUACGUCCUUCGGUGUCCCAUCUCAGCAGUAUGUCACUCUGUGUUUCACCGCCCUCUUCUUCCAAUUCGACUACCCGCGCUUUUCACAGACCUUCCUCCUCGACUACUACUGCAUGUCCAUCCUCUUCAGCAAGCUGUGGGAUCUGCUGUAUAAGCUGCGUUUUGUGCUGACCUACAUUGCACCUUGGCAGAUCACAUGGGGUUCUGCUUUCCACGCCUUCGCUCAGCCAUUCGCCGUUCCCCACUCAGCCAUGCUGUUUGUGCAAGCUGUGUUUUCAGCUCUAUUUUCCACUCCUCUCAACCCUGUGCUGGGCAGCGCUGUUUUCGUUACUUCAUACACCCGGCCUGUGAAGUUCUGGGAGCGAGACUACAACACCAAACGAGUGGAUCACUCCAACACACGUCUGGCCACACAGCUGGACCGCAACCCUGGUGCUGAUGAUAACAACUUGAACUCUAUCUUCUACGAGCAUUUGACGCGCUCUUUGCAGCACUCGCUGUGUGGGGACCUUCUGCUGGGCCGCUGGGGAAACUACAGCACCGGAGACUGCUUCAUCCUGGCCUCCGACUACCUCAAUGCUCUCGUACACAUCAUUGAGAUCGGCAACGGCCUCAUCACUUUCCAGCUCAGAGGCUUGGAGUUCAGAGGAACAUAUUGCCAGCAGAGGGAGGUGGAGGCGAUCACUGAAGGGGUGGAGGAAGAUGAAGGCUGUUGCUGCUGUGAGCCAGGUCAUCUCCCCCACAUGCUCUCCUUCAACGCGGCCUUUGGUCAGCGCUGGUUGGCUUGGGAGGUGGCCGCCACCAAAUACGUCCUGGAGGGCUACAGCAUUAGCGACAACAAUGCAGCUUCCAUGCUUCAAGUAUUCGACCUGCGCAAAAUUCUCAUCACAUAUUAUGUCAAGAGUAUCAUCUACUAUGUGACCCGCUCUCCCAAACUGGAGGAGUGGUUGGCCAAUGAGACAGUGCAGGAAGCGUUGCGGCCUUGCCUCAGCCCUUCCUACGUGGAUAGUGACCCCACCUUCAACCUGAACAUAGAUGAAGACUACGACCACCGUGCUUCCGGCAUCACUCCGUCUUCCUUCUGUCUAGUGUACCUGGAGUGGAUUAAAUACUGCAACAGCCGCAGACAAACGCCAGUUGAGAGUGAGAAGGAUUCCCCUCUGGUCACACUGUGUUUUGGGUUGUGUAUUCUGGGCCGUCGAGCUCUGGGCACUGCCUCACACAGCAUGUCAGCCAGCUUGGAGCCUUUUCUCUACGGCCUUCAUGCCCUGUUCAAGGGCGACUUUCGUAUCACCUCUCCUAGAGACGAGUGGGUUUUUGCAGACAUGGACUUGCUGAACAGGGUGGUGGCUCCAGGUGUACGGAUGUCCCUCAAACUGCACCAGGAUCACUUCACGUCUCCUGAUGAGUAUGAGGACCCAGUGGUGCUGUACGAUGCCAUCACUGCUAAUGAAGAGAAGAUGCUCAUCUCUCAUGAGGGUGAUCCUGUCUGGCGCAGCGCUAUUCUGGCUAACAUGCUUUCUCUGCUUGCUCUCCGCCAUGUUAUGGAUGACGGCAGUGACGAGUACAAGAUCAUCAUGCUGAACAAACGCUUCCUUAGCUUCAGAGUCAUCAAGGUGAACCGGGAGUGUGUGCGCGGGCUGUGGGCCGGACAGCAGCAGGAGCUGGUCUUCCUGCGGAACCGGAACCCUGAACGCGGUAGCAUCCAGAAUGCCAAGCAAGCCCUGAGGAACAUGAUUAACUCAUCCUGUGACCAGCCCAUCGGAUACCCCAUCUAUGUCUCCCCACUCACCACCUCCUUCGCGGGAGCCCAUGUCCAGCUACGUUCAGUUUGGGGAGGCCCCAUCAGCCCCCACAACAUUUACACCUGGUUCAUCAGCAGCUGGGACAGGCUUCAGAAGGGAUGUGGUGCCGGAUGUAACAGUGGAGGGAAUAUUGAGGAUUCAGACUGUGGUGGCGGCUCUACCUCCAUCAGUAACAACCCUGCAGCUCAUCCUCCCCAGAACACAGCGUCCAGCAUCCCUCAGCCUCAUCCCACUACUGUACAGCCCUUGAUGGGGACUGACAACCCCGUUGGACCUUCCUGGCCGCUGCAUCCCCAACCCCUCCCACUUGCCCUGCUCAGCCAAUCAGAAGGCAGGAUGGAUGCAGGGCUGGUUAGCUCCUUGCACCGAACCUCUUCCAUCCAUGGGCUUUUAGGGCAACACCUGUCCAGCUCCCAGCUGUCUUUCAGUAGUUCAGUGGCCCUGCCUCCUGCGGACCGCUUCUGCCCCAGUAGCCUGCAGGACAACCCCAGUCACAGGGCAUCUCAGAGGGGCCUAAGUCUGGACCAGGGCCGCGGGCUGCCCUAUGAGGCCCUGUACAGCAAAUGGUGUCUGCCAGGGAGGAAAGGAUUUAACGGACCUGCUGUAAUGGAAGGGGAUGGCUCAGCAUCACAGAGCAUACGCACACAGCCUUCGCAGCCUCCCCUCCCUGUCCUGCCCUCUGACGUCAGCCCAACACUGGAUCUAAUGGGAGCAGUCAUACCCUCUGAGACCACACCCCUUACAUUAUCAGACCCGCCCAGUGCACGGGAGGAGUCUACAGAAUUGCCUUUACUUGAGCACCUCCGCUGAGCCUGCACAGCACGACCAGUACAGCUGGGAUCAGAUGGUCCAUGGUCAUCCUCGCUGACCUUAUCAAUCUUUUUUAUAAUUAAAGUAUCUUCAGUCAGUUUUGCGUAUAUUAGGAUGUUUCUUGCAAGUAUCCUUAAUAAACACAUCACCAGAUAAAGAAGCACACUAGAAGAGUGCUGUGUUAAGUAAUGAACUCUGGACUGAGCUCUCCUAAGCUUCUUUAGCUACUGUUUUGGCCUCCAGGCCCAUAAGCCAAAAAAAGUGGCCAGUCAGUGCAAUCGUAAGGGAUUUUCUUCUUUUUUUCCUUCUUGCAUAAGGAGGGUCAGGUCAUUAAAUCAAAGUAAACCUGUGACCUGUACCACCAGCAGUAACAAAAAGGGAACACUCUUCUCUGUAGCAGUCUUAAACCUACUCAAGCUUUUGUUUUUACCCCCACACAUCCAGUCCACUUGCUAAACAUCCACAAACACUGCACAUCAGCUGUAUUGUGCAGGAUUUUCUCCCUUUGAUCAAAGCCCAGAGCUUGCCGCCACAUAAGCCACUGUCCUUUCAAGACCAAAGGACUCAAAUGUGAUUCCCCCUCACUGAGCCGUCGUUUAGUAGCUCACACAUUCCAGCUAAGACAUUCAGUCAUGUCGGCAGCCCAUCAGACGUGCUUAUGCUCUUAAAUGACAACCAUGACCAUUUUUCAGCGAGCUUCAGGGAAAAGACUUGAAUAUACACUCACAUGCACACUUCCCUCAGCACCUGGUGCGCCCUUCAUAGUUUACAGCUGGCUCAGGUGAGGAUGGUGGGGCCUGAGAUUUGUAGGACAGUUGGGACAAAGUAGUCGUCAUCAAACCGGUGGUCUGUCUGUUUUGUUUUUUUUCUUUCCUUUUCAUUAGACCUUUUUUUCCCCCCCACAGGAAAUCAGAUUACCUUCUAAAUUCCUAAACUGCUCCCUACGGAAUGGGCUCUGAUGGUGACGAGGGCUUCCUGGCCUCCCAUCAGGCUUUUUCCUGCUGCUGCAAGUGCCUGCAGUUUGUCUCCCUCUACUGCAAUACUACUGCUACUGCACCACCCCCUCUACUACUAAUAGAACUAACCAAACUACUGCUUUGACUUCUAAACUCCAGCGUUUUAGUUGGAAGAAUUUGGUGGGGAAAAACAAUUAAGAUGUACCGAUUCUAAAGACAAAGAUUUAUUUGAUUCCUGACGGAGUGGCUGUUUUUUGUUGAUUAUGCUGAUACUAGCUGGACAUGAGUGAACUGUAACCUUUGCUCCCAUUCUUGAAUCCACCUGAUUGUGACUAGCUCAUUCCCUAUCUGUGUGUAAUACAACUGGAAAGUUAGAUGUCAAUAUUCUGAUGUUAAAUAUCUGCUGUUGGGCAAACGAAGCUCAGACCGCCUGCUGUGGAAAGCAGGGCACUUACUGCCUCUACAACAACAAAACAUAUCAAAUGCUCACAGACUUGACACCACUGACAUCAGCCUGGAAUAGCUGCGACGUGUCAAUGUAAAGGAGCUUGAAAUAUCCCAUGAGCUGUUUAAAGUGGUUUUGAGAUUCAGAAAGCCGUUCAGCGCUUCUUCACCAUACAAUUUCCUAGCUUAAAAUGAUUGACGUGGCUGAGCUGUGCUCUGAAAAAGGCUUUGUGUCGAACGAUAUGGUUUGAGAGUCAGCAUGCGUGGGCCGCCAUGGGAAAAUGGUGCCUUACCAUUUGACUUGACAGACAGUCUUCAGGUGGAAGAGAAGGAUUUUUGCUGGAAUCUUUACACUGGUUCCACGGAGUAAUGCAAAAUAAUGCGCUUUUCUGCCGAGAGGCCCUAUUUUAUUAAUUUUACAAAGCUUAUGCAUUCAAUAUGGGCGAUUCUUGCUCGAUCAACAUCACGUUUUGAUGUGAUUUGAGCCUCUAGCUUCAUUUAGUGCCAGUAGAGGCAGUUCACACCGAAUUGAUCGUGCUCACGUAUUCAUAUUCUCACUUAAACCACCAAUUGUUAGUAGGUUCAGAGUCUCUCCGCCUAUCACAGACCAUAUCACAAGUUGUUUGAACACUAAACAUGAAGUCUCUCUGCAGAUCAUGCAGCCUAGUCUGUUUCCGAUCACCACCAUGCAUUCUCUAGGCCAUCUCACGUCUCUCAUGUAGUCUGCCAAGCAAACCUGGCUCGUUUACAGCCUCUUGCGAUGGACUUCAGUAGCUAUCGAGCGUUUGGUUCCAAGGCCGAUCGACCUCUUUCUCUCUUUCCAUCAGGACCAUUUCUCUCAUCUUUAGGGUGACUUUUCCAAAGCAACAGGGAGUACUUCUCUUACUGGGAGAAAGCACAAGUUACUGGAUAGUGUCAGUGAUUUAAAAGGGAUCUGAUCAAUCUCUGCCAUAUAUGUACAGCAUGUUUUGUAUAUAAAUAUAUUUAAAAUAUAUAUAUAUAUAUAAAUCUAUUUUAUUAUUAUUGUAUUUCUGGUUAUUUUUCAAUGGAGGACACUACUUUGAGUCUUAGGGGAGUCACGCUUCGGUGUAUCUGUGCUUGCGGAGGGGUCUGACUCUCUCUCGACAUAGAAUCAUGAAGUCUGGGGAAUGAAUCAGUUAAUACUGCUUUUGCACAACUAUUGUAAAAUAGUGCACCAUCCUGUAUUUUUUUUUUCUUUUUUAAUUUUAGUUACAUGGGGGAUUGUUUUAUUUAAAAACUGUUAUUCAAUAUUCAAAGUUAUGUACAGUUUUUUUUUUAUGUGAUUUUUCUUUUCCCCCUCCUAUUUAAAUUAAAGCUUUUUUGUUUUCCAAACAA